GCUCAUACACACAUACAUACGUAUAUACACACCCUCUCUCUCUCUCACCCACCCGCAGAGACUUCGAUGGACAAUGAAAGCUCCACGAACAUCUAGAGAGAGAAACAGAGUCUCUAACUUCUAGAGAGAGAUAGAGAGACCCCAGAAACACAGAGACAGAUAGAAGAAGAAACCGGUCGGAGAAGUAAAACGGAUCCUGAACCCGACAACCCGAUUAUGCCAAGCGGCUGGGUUAAAUCUUUGCAAUGCAAAUCCAAGGCCUUCGACGAUGUCUAUCACUCCAACGGUAAACUUCUCAUGCCCAGUUACAGUUGCAGGAAGAGCUCCCAGAGCGUCAGGGACGUGGUCGAUACCCGACCCGGUAGAAAAAACCCGAAACUCGAUCCGAAUCUGAGGCGUAUGCGCUCUUAUAGACCCGAAUCCGACCCGAAUCCACCUGCCCGAACCCGCCGGAGCGCCUCUGCUCGGACGCCGGACGCGGCGGUUCCCGCGCUGACCGAGUUGUCCGAGGGACACCCUUCGAGGAACGUCGUGGAUAUCAUAUUCCAAUCGAGUUGGAGCCCCGACGGGUUCCCGGGUCGGGUCGAGAUGAUCUUCAAGGUCGAGAACGGGUCUAGGACGGUGACCCGGUUCGAGGAGUACAGGGAGGCGGUGAAGUCACGCGCGUGCGGGGGCGCGUGUGAGGAGGACGCGCGGUGUUUGGCCGACGGGAACGAGAUGAUGAGGUUUUACCCUUUGGGCCCGAUCCCCGGCGGAGUUAAUGGCGGCGCGUGGGCUUUUCCCUGCCAGAAGGGAACUCCGGCGGCGGCUGCAACGGUCUGCACGUUUUCCGGCAGCGGAGAGGCGCAUGCUCGCGGCGGAGGCGGAGGAGGGAGGAGGGCGAUGCUGAUCUGUAGGGUGAUAGCGGGUCGGGUGGCAAAGAAAGGCGGGUACGGGUCGGACUCGGUCGCGGGUCGCGACGGCGAGUUGAUUGUGUUCGAUACUCGCGCUGUGUUGCCUUGUUUCCUAAUCAUUUUCAGAUUGUAAACACAAAAGUUAAUUGAUAAAAUAAAACCCAAUAUUCUAAUUUUUUUA